GUACAUAGCUAUUCUUAUUCGGAAAACAUUUACGAAUUCUGAGGUACACUUGAAACAUUUUGCAGUAGAUUUACAUGUGACAGUGGCUGAGGUCUAUAAAUGUUUUAUUGACAAACAAAACAAUCACAACAAGUUCUCAGAAUCAAAAAGUUUCAAUGCUUAUUUAAACAUGGUGAUAAAGAUGAUAAAACAUGGAAUAAAAUUCUUUGUGUCAUGAAGAUAAUUAUAAGAUUUAAUAAUUAAUAAGUACUGUGUGAAUUGCUUGAUACCUAUGAUGGACUUUGAUAAAAUAUUAUUCUAUUUCCUUUGGUAGAUUGUGUAUAAAAUGGAGCACUCGGAUUUGGUGGCCGAGAUGGCCCAGGUGGAGCACCUCACCACACAGGAGAGGCUCCACCUAGCACGAAGACGACGAAUGCAGCAGCUAAAAUUAUGGCAGCAACGAGAGAAAGAAUGGCUCCGGUCACGAGCGAAACGGGAGAAGAGCAACAAGCGAAAUAUAUACUUUAGUGAUAGCGUGAUGUUGCUGGAAGCUGCCGCCAGAAACGAUAUAGACGAAGUGCGGCGUUUACUGUCUCGGGGCGUGACGCCGGACGCGACGAACGAGGAUGGUCUGACGGCGCUGCACCAGUGCUGCAUCGACAACAACGAGGCCAUGAUGCGGCUACUGCUCGACCACGGCGCCAACGUCAACGCCGAGGACAGCGAGAAGUGGACGCCGCUGCACGCCGCCGCCACCUGCGGGAACCUCAACCUCGUGCGGAUCCUCAUACAACGAGGAGCCAACCUCCUCGCAGUCAACGGCGACGGGAACAUGCCCUACGACAUCUGCGAAGAAGAACGGACACUAGAUGCGAUAGAAAGCGAAAUGGCAGCUAGAGGCGUUACCCAAAGGUUAAUAGACGACACACGAGCUUCUACCGAGAUGAAAAUGUUGAGGGAUGUCGAUGAACUAGUGAAGGCUGGGAUGGACUUGGAUGAGCCGAGGGAUAAUCAGGGUGCCACUCUUUUACACAUAGCGUCGGCGAACGGGUACAUGAAGGUGGUGGAGUACCUGCUGGAGCACCGCGCGUCCACGGACGUGGUGGACCACGACAUGUGGCAGCCCGUGCACGCCGCCGCCUGCUGGGGACAUUUGGAGGUGCUAGAACUGUUAGUACAAUAUGGAGCUGAUCUCAAUGUGAGGAAUAAGCACGAUGAAACGCCAGCAGAUAUCUGCGAGGAGGGCGAGCUCCGCGCGCGCAUACUACGUCUGGCGGCGGACCAGGAGGAGCUGCGGCGCCACGCGGCCGCCGACCGACUGCGGACCGCGCGACGGUCCUCGUCCAGCGCCAGCACGAGCCGCAGGGUCCGGUCGGUGCGGCGCACGUCGCUGCGAGAGAAGCAGCUGACAGCCAAGGCGGACGUACGGGGCGAGGCCAUACUCAGGGAGAACUUCGACUCCGCUGCCGAUGUCGAUGAGUUACAGGGCCUAUCAAACGGCGUGGAAAACGACCAGAACACCGCGAACUUACAACCGCUGGAGUUGUCCCACAAGCGGCUAUCGAACAGUUCCACCACCUCCAACCAGAGCUACGACUCGGCCGGGGAGUACGCGGUGCCCAAGCACUCGUACAGCCAGCGCGGCGGCUCGCAGCGCGCCAGCGACGGCAGCGACCUGUCCGACCUCGCGCCCGCGCGCCACCACAAGAACUCCAACCCGCUGUUCGGGGUCAACGCCGCCUCGCACUACGCGCCCGGCGCGCCGCCCGCGCCCGCGCACCACGAAGCCGUCAACGAACAGAGCAAACAUUACGAGAGAACAAGCUUACCCAACGGUGUCCGAAAGGCGCCCGAGGGGCAGGACAAUGAGAUUAUCAAAAACGAGGACGCGAUAGACGGUAGGAAAGAACUGGUAGUGAACCCCAACCAGAUCGCGAUCACUGAAGGCGGCACCGCGACCUACACCACAGACAAUAAUGGUAAAAUCAAUGUUCAUGUCACCGUCAUGAUUAACGCAGGAACUCUCGCAGAUUUGAAGAAGCAGCGAUCUCAGAUUCGAACAAACGGCAGCCCGGUGGAGAGCAGCCUGACGUCGACGAACAACCACAGCAUGAACUCGCUGUCGGAGGUGUCGAAGGCGGACAUGCCGGUGCAGCUGAACCCGCUCAGCCUGGCGCCCAGCGCCGCCAGCGUGCCGCGCUUCGCGGGCAACACCAGCGACGUCGUCGGCGACACGCGCUCGCGGCGCUGCUGCGUCAUCAUGUAAACGACCACCACGGUAAGCGUACAAGUCUGAUUGUCAUUCCAAAACCAAUUUUCAAAGGCUUUUGGACCACUCGCCCGGUUGACUUUCACGUUCACUUCAAUCCUAACAAUUGUGAUUAUGGCUCCAGAGAUUAUGAAAUAGGAGAAGAAAAGUACAUUUAUGUUUGCCGCGACUGAAAUAUUGAAGUUGUCGGUCGGAAGCCAAUCGGCGAGUGGCGAGUCCGGUAGAGAAGAUAUAACGUAAUAUAUUGAAUGAUGCCGAUAGAGUAUUGCCAUGAUUGCUCACAAAGCAAGGGCUUGCCAAUGGCUGGAAAACAGUGUGAUAGAUAUAUAAGAGCUCAACAAUUAUUGUAUUUUAGCAUUAAGAAAACUAUGCGGUUGCUAAUAUUUUAUGUAGUGUUAGAAGUGAAUCCUAUAUUGCAGUUAUUGUCAUAUAUUAAGUAUUGUAUUAUAGUUCUCGUUUUAUAUUUCCUGAACAUUCCAUUAUUCAAUUAUAUUGUUGAAAUAUUUAAUUUAUUGUAAAUAAUUUAAAUUCAUUGUAAAUUUGUAUGUUACAGUAUUGUUUGAAUGUUUCCAAUUAUUAUUUAAUGUUACAUAGAAUGCAUAAUAAGCAUUUGGAACAGAACAAACCAUGUAUCGCAAUAAUGAUCGUAUCGAUUGUUCGGAAGUGCCUCUAGUAUUGGUCUAUAAUGCUGCUAUGUAUGACAUAGUAUAAUUUAAUCACUAAAUACGAUUUAUUUAAAACAACUAAUAAAUUAUUUUAAUAAUAUUAAGUAAAUAAUAUAUACGAAAGUGAAACCUUAUUUAAAUCUUGUAGAACAGAAGAGAGUUGAGUAUAUCCUUAACUGAACCUAGCUGCGAUAACUGCCUUAGUUCCAUCGGACCACUCUAUGGCAAUAAAAUAAUAUCACUAGACUUUAACAGAUAGAGACAUAGUACUUAAUAAUAUGGGAUGUACAUUGUAAUUCGAAUCGUACUAUCAAAUUUUUACUUAGAAAAAUUAUGCCAUAAGUAAUACUAUUCCAAAUUAUAUUCAAAUUAUAGUAUAAAUAAAUCAUUAGAUAAAUUAUGAAAUUAAACUUCUAAAUUUCUAAACGACUUGUCUACUAAAAAUAUAAAACUAUAAAUAAUGGUAUUUCUAAUUGUUUAGUAUUUCAACUAAAUGAGCUGUUUGAGUUACAAUUUCAAAUAAAGACUGGAUUUAUUAUGUAGAUUUUAUAUUUAUUAGUAGAAUACUAUUGGCAGCGUGUGCUACCACAAUCGAUUAUAAUAAAAUUAUGCGAUGGAUUAAACUAAGUUUAUUUAUUUAUCGAAUAGCAAAAUAGAAGAGAGAUAUAACUACACAGAGAAGAUGGCUGGCCAUCUCCAAUCGGACCACAAAAGAGACUAAUAAUGGCUGAUGAGAAAGAUAAUAUAUUUAUUUUUGUUAUUCCAACAAAUAAUGCAGCUAAUACUGCCUUCCAAUCAAAUUAAAAUUAAUUUGGUGUCCGAGAAACAAAGGUUUAUAAAUGUUAUAAUCUUGUAGUAGCGCAUGCGUGCUGAAGUUUGGUUUUAAAUUCAAAAUGCAGCUGUUUGUUGACAGAGUGAGGGGGCCACGGCAUUCGUGCUGGUAGUUUGUUUUACCAUCCAUAGGUUACAGUGGCACACGGACAAGUUAACUUAUGACAUGUCGCCUAACAUCAGAACGCUUAGUUCGAGUUUGCUUUACGUUGAGACGACUCUGACUGGUUGGUUUAUUCGAGGCGUUCAAAAACGUAAUAUGAAAUAAACGUAAAGCAAAAUCGUUCUAAGGGUACUGAAAUAAUUAACUAUCAGGGACCAGCCAUAUUGCAUCGAAACUAAAACUUUAUACUGUCGAUCUAAAUGUAUAUUUACACUUUACAUUCGAUAAUAAAUAUCACAAAAAUAAUAUCUUGAUAAAAGUGAUUACUAGAGGUCGCCACUGAAUAACCUCUUGCCUGAAGCAAUGUCAAUGAUACAUUGUUAUAACCAAUAUUAUAUUGACUAAAAAUAUUAAGUCUAAAGAAAUGUUACGUUUAGGGCAACAAUAUAAUUUAUAUUGAUGGAAUUAUAAUACAAAAAAGUCAAAGACUUUCCACGUCGUUUAAAUAUGCGUAUUAAAGAUAUAACGACUGUUUCACUUGUAAUCUAUGGAUGUAAAGUCGAGUGCCUUUUUCUUCUUUAUUAGAGCUAAAUACUCAAUUUGUGCCAAUAUUUUUUAUAUUUUUUAAAUUGCAAGCACAAGUUACUUUUAGAUAAAAUGUUCCAAUACUUUGUUACCACAAAUAAUUUUAUAAACUUAAUACCUUAAAACCUUCAUCUCUUUACUAUUACUAAUUGAAUUUCAGCUCAAUAACUAUCCUUGCACUAUAAAUAUAAAUAUUAUUUGUGGCAACACUGUAUAACAUGUUAAUUAGUUUGACCCUUCCUUUACGUAAAGUGGUAACCCCUUUAUAGGAAAAGAAAACCUUAGAACUAGACGUAUUUUUAAAUAAUCUGUAGAAAAUCUUUGUGGAAUUAUGUUCUAUAAAAAUCCAGUGUUCAUUAUCUGUGGUAUACUUAUUAGAGGUGAAUGUAGCAGAUUGACAUUCCGUUGUAUAUCAUCUUGUUAAAUUUUAUAUUUAUACAAUGUAUAUUAAGCUUUUUGGAGUCGUAUUUAUCAUGUGUAGACGUCAUCUUUAGCACCCAUCCAGUAGCAAUUCAUUCGUCCAUAUCUUAGUCAUUAGUUUAGCUAUUUGGUAGUUUGAUUAUAUCUUCGGUACUUAAAAAGUACUUAAAAUAAUAUGUGUACUUUAUAUGUAAUACGCGUAAAAUGUCGUGAAUAUAUCAAAUAAUCAUAUUAUAUAUAAAAAUUAACAUAGACAAACAAACAAAGCAAUACUAAAUGGCCUUAUAAGUAAGCACAAUACAAUACAUUUCAAUAUCUAUUUAUUUUGUAACAGUAUUAUUUUUUAAUGCAUUUUACAGGCGGCAUUUUGUGAUACCAUUUAGUAUUUGAUAAAUUUUUGACAGAACAAAUAAAUACAUGAUAUAUCGUUUUUGUAAUAUUAUAUUAUGUUUAUCAAAUUAUUUGUGCUCUUAAUUAGUUGUAUUUGGUUAUAUUUUUCUUAAGUACCUAUGUAUGGGUUGUGAUGGCAGCUCGUCUUGCCGAGAACAGUGAAUAGGAUACCAAAAGGAUUGAAUUAGUUAUUAUUAUUCUUCGAAAAUUUAUUGUUUUGCAGCUAUAUUAUGAUACGAUAUUUUUUCAUUAUUCUAUACUGUAUAUAAGAAAAAAAAAACGUAGAGGUGUUAUAAAAUAUUUUUUAAAAAACACUAUCUACAAAAGUCGUUGAUAUUUUUCAAUCACUUGCAUUAUAUUCUAUUGUAACAAAAUGUCUAUAAAGCUAUGUAUACACUAUCCUAUGUGAUAAUCGUCUUGCAGUAGUAGUAUAUUGGACAGUGCCUGUUGUGUCUUGCCUUACUCAAGCCAGACUCCUCUGUUGAUACUUAUUGUUAUUGUCACGUGAUCCUAUGUACAUAAUUAUUAUUGUAGGUAAAUAAACUACAUUGUAUUCGUGCAACUAAAUUGUAUAUGGUUUGUACGGAGUGGCAGCUGAUCCCGCAUACCUAUGUACAUACAGUUAGGUGUAAUUAGUCACUGUUACGAUAUUUAUACAUAAUGUAGGAGUAACGUCACAACUGUUACGUCAACAAUGUUACUUUCAUGUUACUCGGGAGCGUAGUCAACCAGCAUCACAUUACAUAAUGUUGAUUUUUUAUACAAUUUGUAAUUCAUGAUAAGUUCCACAGACAGAACAAAAUUUUAUAUUUCCGCCUAGGUAUUUGAAUACAGUUAAUUAAGUAUUUUAAUAUGAAUGCGAAAGAAAUUGAUAUUUUUGAAAGACCUAGAAGUAAUGCAGGAUUUUACUAAGUAUAUUAGCAAAUUAGUCAUCUUGCCGUUUCCAUCUUGCCUUAAAAGACGUCAUUGACAACUAAAUCUUAUAAAAUUACUGAAAUUAAAGUAGUUGUUGUAUUAUUAAGAUUUCCAAUCCUUCUAUGGUCUUCAAUAUUCCAAAAACUAAACAUUAACCCUGAUUGGUCAAUUCCUAAUAUUUGUAGUUCUUUUCAACUAUCUAAUAAGUUCAUAUCAAGACCCCAUUUUUUAUUAAAUUGAUACCUAGUGUUAGGAUUACUUCAUUUAUGUACUUACAUGUUUACAAAAUUUAUGAAUGUUGUGUGUUUCAUGUGGUCUUUUUACUUAAUAUACUUAAUUUUGUUACAAUGGUUAAGGCCAGCGCACAUCGGCGGAGGCGCGGCUAAGGUACUGAGAAUAAAUAAACCUUAAAUUAAAGAAAUAACGAAGAAAAUGACACGUUAAAGAAGUUUAACGACGUGUCACGCGCCUUCCGCUAAAAUCAAUCGUGGUCGUGACAUUUUUUAUCCGUAUCUUCGGUUUAUUCUCAAUAUCUCCGCCGCACCUCCGUCGGUGUGUGCUGGCUUUAGACUUAGUCAUAAAAAGACAAUGUGAAUUUGUAAUCAGAGCUAUGGGUAAUUUACUUAAUGGAUGUGAUAAAGUAAUUACAUUAUACAGAGUCGAUAACCGUUGGUAUUAUGUGGUAUGGUUCUCUACAGUUUCUUUUAUUUAAACAUCUAUGUAUUAAAUGUUCUUAUAAAGCUGUUAAACACUACUGUUCAAAGUUAUUACCUUUUUCAAAAUGGCGAUUGUCUGAAAUCUUGAAUGUUUCCCUCUGCUAAUGAUUAUGCAUGUGUUAAUAAUUUAUAAAGGAGAUUUUUAUAAUCAUUUUGUUAUUCAAGAUUACGAAGUUAAUGUUUUUGCCUAUUUAUUUUGUAAUUAAGUAUUUUUGCAGUAUUAAAUCGAUAAUUACGAAACUUUCAAGAUGGGACUAAUCGCCUUAAAAUUUUAAAUAACGUACAAUACAAUAAUGCAAAUGCAAUGCAAGAUUUUAUGUUUGUUUAAAGGAAUAUUGUUGUUACUUUAUGUUUCUGAUCACUCCUUAAAUGACGCGAUUCUAUGCCCUCUAAACAGUAGUGUAAAUUGAAUUAUCUGGAAGAUUAAUAAAGUGUUUGUUUAAAUUAAUAA